AUGUCAGGGUAUAACAAUACCUUAACACAAGCUACUAAAAUCACUUUGACAUUUUUGAUGUCCUUACUAGCUAUUGCUAUCAUGUUAGGAAAUGCCGUGGUCAUUUUAGCUUUUGUUGUGGACAGAAAUCUUAGACAUCGAAGUAAUUAUUUUUUUCUUAACUUGGCCAUUGCGGACUUCUUAGUGGGUGCGGUCUCAAUUCCUCUGUACAUGCCUUCCUCGCUGACUGCCUGGACUUCUGGAAGGGAAGCGUGUGUAUUUUGGCUCAUCACUGACUAUCUUGUAUGUACAGCGUCUGUGUAUAACGUCGUCCUCAUCAGCUAUGAUCGAUACCAGUCAGUCUCAGAUGCUGUGUCAUACAGAGUUCAGAACACUGGCACCUGGAGGAUUGUCGCUUGGAUGGCAGCUGUUUGGGUAUUGUCCUUCUUGACGAAUGGGCCAAUGAUUCUGAUUUCAGAGUCUUGGAAGGGGAAUGCCACUAACGAAUGUGUACCCGGAUUUUUCAAUACGCGAUAUAUCGCUGUCUUCACGUCCUUAUUCGAAUUCCUGGUCCCCAUCUUCUUAGUUGCUUAUUUCAAUGCAUUUAUUUACUGGAGCCUGUGGAAGCGAGGGAACCUCAGCAGAUGCCUUAGCCACUCGGGACUCCCCUCCGCCUCUUCCAGCAAUGACCACGGCUACUCCUGCAGACCGGACCCGGGUUUGAGGGUGACUCUUCCAGCACAGAAAGAAGCAGCUUCCUCCCUCAGCCCAGACAAACUACCAAGAAAGAGCAGUCUUUUGUUUCCCAUAAGAGCCCACAAGAACCGCAGUAUGGUUGCUUCCAAUAUGAGCUCCCUGUUUCAGUCAGAGUCCCAGGCUCUUCAGCAAAGAGAACAUUUCGAACUUCUCAGAGCCAGGAAAUUAGCCAAGUCGCUGGCCGUUCUUUUAGGAGCUUUUAUCAUUUGCUGGGCCCCCUAUUCACUGACUACAAUUAUUUAUUCAAUUUUUCCCAAGAAGAAAUUUACUCAAUCAAACUGGUACAAAAUAGCCUUUUGGCUCCAGUGGUUCAAUUCCUUUGUGAAUCCCUUUUUGUAUCCAUUGUGUCACAGACGUUUCCAAAAGGCUUUCCUGAAAAUAUUGCCUUUGCGAAAGCAACCCAUGCCAUCACACAAUCGCUCGGUAUCCACAUGAUAGAAGAUAAUGCUCUCACUUCUGUUGAUUUUAGUCAUAAGCUCCCCUAAAAGAGUUCGCCCUUUCCACUUCACCAAAAAGUUCAUAGAACUGUAAUAUGUGACCAUUAAAAAAAAUCUAAACCUGCAAGUCAAUGGAAAAUGAAUAAAGUCUAGUGAUAAUAUUUUUGUAAAUAGCCACAAAGUAACUAGUAUUUUUCUUA